CUCGCGAGUUCGGGUUGGCUCGCUAACUCCGUUUAGAUCGCCUCCGAUCGCUCGUCCGGAUCGUCGCUCCGAGAGCGCGAUCGUCCGUCUACUCGCGACUCUUACCCGUUACAAUACCGGAAAUCUCCUGUGAAUCCGAGCCAGUGAACCCCUUUUAUUUCGGAAUUUCCCCUCCCCCUCGGAGGAGCCUUUCGCCCGCAAAACUCGACGUUUCGAAAUCCCCCCUCCGGGCUGGGAAAUUUCGGAAUUCCCUCGGUGCGACUUCCGGGGCGAGAAAAAAAGAAUAAAAAAUCGGACUUCCGGUGCUCGGCCUAAUGCGGCCGCGGGACUUCGCCAAGAUGCUGGACCUUUACGUGAGGAGUGCCCUGAAGAAAAAACCCGCAGAGAUGGAGGGUAAAUUUCAGAGCAAAAACGAAGGGGAGACGAAUGGAUCGGUCCAGCAGAAUAACAAGAGAUCCACCAUGACGUUAAAUGUCAAUGGACUUUGGGACGUGGUCCCAAGACUGGAUCACUACAGACUGAGCAAACGUGCAAAGAGACCGUCUCUGAGUGAACUCCACGAUGGAAACCCAACAAAGGACACCAAUGUCGAAGCAGGAUUAAUUGGAGCUGGCCAAUCGAGUCACGGUGGCAUCAAGCUGGGAUGGAUCCAAGGUGUCCUGAUCCCGUGUCUUUUGAACAUAUGGGGUGUCAUGCUCUUCCUAAGGCUCUCCUGGGUCGUCGCUCAAGCCGGGAUCUUGCAGAGCGCCAUCAUCCUCGGGGUAUCGGCGAUAGUGUGCGUUAUCACGACCCUCAGCCUCAGUGCAAUCAGCACUAAUGGAGAAGUCAAAGGGGGUGGGAUAUACUUUAUAAUAUCUCGGUCCUUGGGUCCGGAGUUUGGCGCAUCCGUGGGCAUCGUUUUCGCAUUCGCGAACGCGGUGGCGGCUUCUAUGAACACCAUCGGCUUCUGCGAUUCCCUGAACGACCUGCUCAGGGAAAACGGCCUGAAGAUCAUCGACAACGGGGUCAAUGAUGUCAGGAUCGUCGGGGUCGUCGCGAUUCUGGUGAUGAUCCUGAUUUGCGCGAUCGGGAUGGAGUGGGAGUCCAAGGCCCAAAACUUCCUCAUCGCCGUUAUAGUCGGGGCCAUAUUCGACUUCCUGAUUGGUACCAUGAUCGGUCCCAAGAACGUCGACCACGUUGCUCAGGGGUUCGUGGGCUUCUCCACCGAGGUCUUCAUGAAGAACUGGGGCCCGGACUACCGGUACUCCGAGAACAACAACCAGACCUUCUUCUCGGUCUUUGCGAUUUUCUUCCCAUCGGUGACGGGGAUUCAGGCUGGUGCGAACAUUUCCGGGGAUUUAAAGGACCCUGCCAGCAGCAUUCCAAUCGGGACUCUUCUUGCAUUAUUGAUCUCGACGAUAAGCUAUGUCACCUUCGCCUUGUUCGCGGGGGGUGCUGCCCUGAGGGAUGCAAGUGGCAUUGUCACCGCAAACGGCACAAUUGUCGACUGCAUACCGACCGUAAAUUGCACCUACGGAUUGCACAAUAGUUACACGGUGAUGCAGCUCAUGUCCUUCUGGGGGCCGUUCAUUUACGCGGGCUGUUUCGCAGCGACUCUCUCGACAGCUUUGACGAAUUUAUUAUCCGUUCCUCGUCUCAUCCAGGCCCUUGGGCAGGACCGAAUUUAUCCAGGACUCAUAUACUUCGCGAAGGGUUAUGGCAAAUCCGGGGAACCCUAUCGCGGGUACGUCCUAACGUUCGGCGUCGCAGCUCUGUUCCUUCUAAUCGCGAAUCUCAACGCGGUCGCACCGUUGAUUUCCAAUUUUUAUCUCGCCUCUUACGCUCUUAUCAACUUCUGCACAUUCCACGCGGCGUUAAUCCGGCCUCUCGGCUGGCGACCGACUUUUAAGUACUAUAAUACCUGGCUUUCCCUCGUGGGCUUCAUACUCUGCGUGGGAAUAAUGUUCCUGAUCGAUUGGGUGACAUCUCUGAUUACUUUCGUCAUCAUCUUCGCUCUCUACCUUAUCGUGGUUUAUCGCAAGCCUAACGUCAAUUGGGGAAGCAGCACCCAAGCCCAGACUUAUAAGACGGCCCUCUCGAUCGUUUACAGAUUGAAUUCCAUCGACGAGCACGUGAAGAAUUAUGCUCCGCAGAUCCUGGCCCUAUCGGGAGCCCCAGGUGCGAGGCCGGCCUUGCUUCACCUGGCGAAUCUGAUAACAAAAAAUCAUUCUCUAUUAAUUUCCGGGGAAGUUUAUCCGGCUCACUUGUCUCACAGAGUACGAUCGGCCCGACUGCGAAGGGGAUACUCCUGGCUUCAAAGGCACCGCGUGAAGUCCUUUUAUCACAUCGUGGAGGACGUCAGCUUGGAAAGAGGAACUUUCGCCUUGAUGCAGGCUUCCGGGGUUGGGAAAUUGGCACCGAACGUCGUCCUCAUGGGGUACAAGACUCACUGGUCCACCUGCAGCCACAAAGACUUGCAGGAGUACUUCAACGUUCUCCACAACGCCUUCGACCAUAAAUUGGCAAUGGCGAUUUUGCGAGUUCCCGAAGGGCUGGACUGCUCUAAUGCGGUCAAUGGGCUUUCGGACGAAGAACACUCCACCCUUGCCCAGAGCAGCUACGAUUUGGCAGGAAACACUUUGAUGCACGCCGACAGUGACUUGUCGAUGUCAGGUGGAAUCCCGCGAGUACAAAGUGUCCCGGCCAUCGGAACGCAAUACGCACCAGCUGUCGAUGUACCGACCAUGUUCAGAGACUCUCCGAAUCAUGGCAGUGCGAAGGACCACGUAAAGAAUAAGAAGAAACAGAUCGCGGAUAGGUUGUUACUAAAUAAUGGAGUGAACGGCACCCCAGAGUACACGACCAUCUUUCAAAAGAAACACAAGCACGGUACAAUCGACGUCUGGUGGCUUUACGACGACGGAGGUCUGACGAUUCUCCUGCCGUACAUAAUCAGUACUCGAGCCAACUGGGAGCACUGCAAGAUGCGGAUCUUCGCCCUGGCUAAUCACAAGCAAGGGAUAGGUGCUCAGGAACAAGAAAUGGCCGAGAUAAUGGCUAAAUUCCGAAUAAGGUACACCAGCUUGAAAAUGGUCGACGAUAUCAGCGUAGAGCCUCGAGAGGACACUCGGGCCUUCUUCGACGACCUGGUGUCGAAGUUCAAGAAAACCGACGGUUCCGAAUAUUCGGGAUGUCUCGUGGCAGAUACGGAGCUUCAGACUCUGCGCGAUAAGACGUAUCGGCAGCUCAGGCUGCGGGAAUUACUCCUGGAAAAUUCCAGCGAGUCCACCCUGGUCGUAAUGUCUCUGCCAAUGCCGAGAAAAGGUGCCGUCUCCGCUCCCCUUUACAUGGCUUGGCUGGAGGCUUUGACCAGAGAUAUGCCCCCGACGCUCCUGAUAAGAGGAAAUCAUUCCUCGGUGUUAACGUUCUACUCGUAAUCUAUUGCGCUGUUACAUUAGUGUUUGUACUUAAAAAUGCUUAGCCGUCGGUUUCAUGAUAUUGGAAUCGAAGAGUGCGUACCAUCGUAUGAAGUACGCAAAGAGGAAGAGAACCAGUAUUCGAUAUUAGUCCCAAGUACCAUGCGAUAAGAAUAUCGAGUAAUUCGCAACUCGUUAUAGUGAUUUCAUUACCGAAACGUUGACAACUAUUAUACGUAGGAGUUUUAUUUAAAUCUAGAUGUACCGUAGACUUUUCUUUAGUGAAUCCUGCAGCCUAUCCGUAAGCUCGAUACGAAGGACCAAUGUACAAAAAUUAUGAUAGAGUUAAUUGACGACAGUUUCCAUGCUCGAAAUGAAGCAUUCAUUUUCUUACAUUUUCGAGUUCAAUUCCUACUUUUUUUUUCUACACCGUACUUUAAUUCAUUUUUCUUCUCGCGAGUACCUUAACUUAGGCUCAUUAUUUAUUUCGUUCAUGUCGAUGUCAUGAUUCCUUCGUACUUGAUCGACGGUCGCGCAAGGCCUCUGUACGUAAAUACUCGUUCGCUAAAUAACUCUCUAGGAUUCUUUGCUUAAAUUUCCCUUACAUGUUAAUGUGUCAGUGACGAAGUAUAAAUUUAAGCAAGGAAGUUGAAUAAACCUUGACAUGGUGCGUAGCCCCUACUACUCAACCUUGACGUAACGAUCGAGCAAUCGCUGAGAGAUCUUAUUUAUUAUAAAUGUACAAUGAUGUAAGAAUAUGUAUACAAAAUUGCUACUUUGCUACUUUGAAA